AUGGCCAAUUUCAUAUUACGGCCAGCUGAACCAAAGGACGUGGCUGAUAUCCUGCGACUCAUAAAGGAACUUGCUAAAUUUGAGGAAAUGGAGGAGAAGGUGAUACUCACUGAGAAAGAUCUACUUGAUGACGGCUUUGGUGAUCAUCCAUUCUACCACUGUUUGGUUGCUGAAGUCCCCAAGGAGCAGAGCCCAGAAGGGUUCACUGUGAUUGGCUUUGCAAUGUACUACUUCACCUAUGACCCUUGGAUUGGAAAGCUUCUCUACCUUGAAGACUUCUUUGUAAUGCAGGAGUUUAGAGGUCUUGGAAUUGGUUCACAGAUUCUGAAGAUGCUGAGUGAGGUAGAACUGCCUGAGUGCUAUCAAUGCCUCUCUGUUGAGAAAACGGCAGUGAAGACCCGCUGCAGUAGUAUGCAUUUCAUCGUAGCAGAAAACAACAAGGAGUCUAUUGAGUUCUACAAGAGAAGAGGAGCAUCUGAUCUCUCCUCAGAGGAGGGCUGGCGUCUUUUUGAGAUUGAAAAAGAAGGGCUGCUGAAAAUGACCUCCAAAAAGUUGUCUGAUCACUGAAACACACCCAAUUUUUAUCACAGCUAUAAUCUGGGUCUGUUUGGUAGAGAUUUGGUAAAGCCCUGACCGAUAUGUUCAUCAAUCAAAUGUUCAUUGUUGUUCAUAAAAGAGAAUAAUUACCUGCAAUUAAUAUUAUCAUUAUCACUGUUGUUAUAUUUUAAGAAAAAAAGAUCAAAUGUCAAAUGAGUAUUAUAUUUUCUGAUUUAUCAUUCUCUUUCUUUUCAUUUUGUGACAUAAAAACUAGUUGUUGGGUAUUGGUUCCUUACUGAUGCGCUGUUGUUGUUUUUUUUUUGUGGUUUCAUAUUUCUAAAUCAAAUCAGUAAAUCAUCAUAUUGUUUUAAUAUCCUUCGACUUAAAUGGUAUACAUACCAAAUAAUGUUUAGGCCUAUACUCAGGUUACUUUUUAAGUUACAUCUGCAAGUUUUUUAACCCCCAAUGACGUGAUCAUAAAUGGAAUAAAAUAUCAUAUAUAAAAAUUAUUUUAAAAAGCAUUUAACAUAUUAAUUGAAAACAAGCAAAACAAUUAUAGACUUAAAUGAUAUCAGUGUAUUGUGUCCCUGUGUUGCUAUAUUCACAUGAAUAAACUAUUGGUGUUAAUUCUGCAAAAUCUAAAAGCAGUGUUUGCUAUAUUAAAAUGCCAAACCCAAGAGCGAAUGAUUCUACCUCACUUGAUUUAUUCCAUUAAGAACAUUUGUGUCGAACCCUCUUGAUUUAAAGAGAAAGUUUUUUUACAUGUGAAUUUAUACAAAAUGAAGCCUUUAUAUUGGCAUGAAGAAACAGCUGCUUCACCGUAGAUUGAACCCACAACAGUAUGGAGGAAUCCGUGGAUUAGAAACUGUCACUGUUCAUUAAAGUGAGUAUUUUCUUUAUGUGACUGGUGCCUUGAUCACUUUUUCUUCACCAAUAUGCUAAUUCGGGGAAUUGGAGUAGCUAUCAUGGAGCGAUACCUUCGUCUGACUUUAAACGUAUCAAAAUUAACACCACAACGCACGUUUGGACAUAACCCGACUGAGCAGGAGUCUUCAGAUUAUGGCCUGUUUGGUGCCUUUCGGGUGAUUUCCACCUCAACCCUUCCGCAUUUUCCUGCCGCUCUCGGGCUGUGACGUGUCGUGCUGACGGCGGCCUCGGAGCUGGAGGAGCAGGGGGCUGUAGCAUGACAAGAUCUGGCUCUAGACGUCCUGCUUCGUUUCAGCGGUGCUCCAAAAACAACCCCCUAACCCCUCCUUCUCUACUCCUCUCCGGCCCGCCCAAAUAACACAAAAUUCCCGACUGAGUCCUGCCCGAGUCUGGGGGAAACCAGGCGGCCUGGGAAGCCGUGGAGCGGACAGAGGCCAUCCCUGCAGCCCAAAUCUGCUCUCCAGUAACAAAUGCAGUGCAAGGACAAUGGAUGAGGAUGUCACCAGGCUUGCAAUACAUUCUGAAGAGCCUAAAAUAAUACUACACGGAUCGGAUGAGGGUGGUGCCGGCGGGCAGGAGUUUGUUGUGGAGCUUCAAGAGACUGUGUUGGUGUCAGAGGGAGAGGGCGAAAGCAUGGCAGUUCACAGGUUUGCCCCAGGAGAGCUGGUCAUCCAGGAUGCCGUCGAAGAUGUAGUUUCUGAGUAUGUUCACUGUGAUGAAGAUGAAGAUGUCGCUGUAGAAACCUGCGUGAUGGCUCUGGAAGGCGAGGAAGAAGGCGUUGCCAUGGGGGACAUCCCUGAAGAUGGGAUGGACUCAGAGCAACAGGAGGAUGACCAAGAUGGCUGUGGAGAUUAUCUAAUGAUAUCCUUGGAUGAGGCUGGUAAAAUGGUGUCUGAGGAUGGUACAGAAGUAACAGUAGAAGGAGCUGUGGAGGACCAGGAAGUGGAGAAGGAUGAAGAUGGACAGGAGGUUAUAAAAGUGUACAUCAUCAAGGCUGAUUCUGGAGAGGAUGACAUGGGAGAAUCGGUGGACAUCAGCGAUGGAGACACGGAGAGCAUGGUGCUCACCGAGUCUUCGGGUCAAACGCUCCGGGAGAAGAUGGUGUACAAGUCUGUCGGAGAUUCUCACCACAAUCAGGGAAACCACGGCGCAGAGGAUAGCGAGAGCUGCGAGAACCGAAACGGAGCUGCCAGCGCACUGCUGCACAUCGAUGAAUCGGACGGGGUCGACGAAAUCAAUAAACAGCGCGGCAAGAGCAAGAGACGAUCGGAGCCUCGACAAGUCCAGACAGCCAUCAUCAUCGGUCCCUACGGUCAGCCUCUGACGGUUUACCCCUGCAUGCUUUGUGGGAAAAAGUUCAAGUCGCGAGGCUUCCUGAAGCGGCACACAAAGAAUCAUCACCAGGAUGUUCUGACCAGGAAAAAGUAUCAAUGUACAGACUGUGAUUUCACCACAAACAAGAAAGCCAGCUUCCACAACCAUAUGGAGGUUCACGCUCUGAGCAGCAAAGCCCCCUUCGAGUGUGAAAUGUGUGGCAAAGAGUUCCACCAGCAGGGGGCACUGUUCUCCCACAGACUGCAGCACCACCACCGGGAGCCCAAAACUCAGCCGCCUCCUCCGCCCACCAAAAUGCACAAAUGCAAGUUCUGUGACUAUGAAACUGCUGAGCAGGGACUGCUCAAUCGACACUUGUUGGCCGUUCACAGCAAAAGUUUCCCCCACAUUUGUGUGGAAUGUGGGAAAGGUUUUCGACAUCCCUCGGAGUUGAAGAAACACAUGCGUACACACACAGGCGAGAAGCCUUAUUCCUGCCCAUACUGCGACUACAAGUCUGCCGACUCCUCUAAUCUCAAAACACACAUUAAGACUAAGCAUAGCAAAGAGAUGCCAUACAAGUGUGAGCGCUGCUUCCAGACCUUCGCCGAGGAGGAGGAGUUGAUGCAACAUGGACUCACUCACGAGGAGAAUAAGACCCACCAUUGUGCCCACUGUGAUCACAAAAGUUCCAACUCCAGUGACCUGAAACGCCAUAUCAUAUCUGUUCACACCAAGGACUAUCCACACAAGUGUGCUGUGUGUGGAAAAGGCUUUCACCGGCCAUCUGAACUCAAGAAGCACUCGGUAUCUCACCGCACCAAGAAACUCCAUCAGUGCCGGCACUGCAACUUCAAAAUCGCCGACCCCUUUGUUCUCAGUCGCCACAUCUUGUCUGUGCACACAAAAGAGCAGCAGGCCUCUCCCGAAAAGAGUGAAAGUAAGAGGACAGAAACGCACACUCCCGCUGUGACGGCCAAAAAGUCUGCCCCGAGCGGGUCGGGUGCGUCCAGCACGCCUGCCCGGGUCAGCGCAGCCAGCCUAGCCAGCAGUGUGACUGUCGUCAUCGACAAGGGACAGAAAGAGCGGAGGAUUUACCAGUGCCAGUACUGCGACUACAGCACUGGAGACGCUUCAGGUUUCAAGAGACACGUGAUUUCCAUUCACACAAAAGACUACCCCCACCGCUGUGAGAUCUGUUCAAAGGGCUUCCGACGGCCCUCCGAGAAGAACCAGCAUAUCAUGCGCCACCACAAGGACGUGGUGCAGGCC